ACAGCUGAACGUCCAUAACGGAACCGGGCCAAAGAAUUAAUCUGAAUUCGUUAAGCUAGGCACAAGUCACCUAACUUUUGUCAUUGAUUUCGAAGAGAAUGGGGAAAGUAAUGUCGAUGAUGUCACGAAAAGUGCAGAGAUUUAACGUAGAGAACAGAGCCCAUAAAGCGAUUUCCCGAGAAAAACCUACAGCGGCACCUCGCCACAAAAUAUCUACGCGACAAUUGGACACGAUUGAGCAAGCUGAUGCUGAUUUUCUAGAAAAACAUAAUAUCAAAGAUGCAGUCCUUGAUAAUCGUUUGAAGGAUGUCUACCUCGUGUCGCACGUAACAGAGAUGUCCGCCAAGCUUGACUCGGUGAAGUCAAAUCGGCCUCUUCCACAAACUAGGAUUACCUCCGACGACUUGGAAUAUGGGGUCUAUGAACCGGUUGAAAUUCCCAAAGGGAGAGCUACCCUCCGCCAGAUCAUCAAGUUCAUAACAGAUCAUAAUACAAAUCCAUCAAGACACACGUCUGCUGAUAUAGCUGCUCAAUAUAAACUUAGUCCCGAAACUACAGUCAAUAUAUUGAGAUACUUCAAAACAUUGAAACUUUAUAUACCAGACAAAAAACUCCAACAAACUAGACAAUUAUUGCCUGAUCCACCCACGCUGAAAGACAGUCUCAUGAAGCCUAAGUAAUUUUCAAUAGAAAAUAUCUGCAGCUGUCUUUUACCUAUGAAUAUAUGUAUGCAAACUUAGUAAAUAAAUGAAUGUACAGGA